ACGCGGUCUUUCUCUUUCCCCGUCAACAUGGCGGCAUCCAUGGCAUCACAGGCUGUAGCAAGAGGUUUACACGGAGCAAGUGCUAAGUACUUAUUUCUUGACAAAUUCAAGUGUGCACGGGUGAGUUCCAGGCGCUGGCUGAACCUGCAGGAGUACCAGAGCAAGAAGCUGAUGCAGGAGAGUGGGGUGACUGUCCAGCGUUUCUACGUGGCUGACAAUCCUCCCGACGCCCUGCAGGCCGCCAAGAGACUCAAAGCCAAGGAGAUAGUCCUGAAGGCCCAGAUACUGGCUGGGGGACGAGGGAAGGGCGUGUUCAACAGUGGCCUUAAAGGUGGAGUGCACUUAACUAAAGACCCCUCUGUGGUGGGUGAGCUGGCCAGUAAGAUGCUGGGCUAUAGCCUGACCACCAAGCAGACGCCAAAGGAAGGAGUGGAAGUAAAAACGGUGAUGGUGGCUGAAGCCCUGGACAUCACCAGAGAGACCUACUUUGCCAUCCUGAUGGACCGGGCCUGCAAUGGCCCCGUCAUGGUGGGCAGUCCUCAGGGUGGGAUGGACAUAGAGGAGGUUGCCGACAAAUCCCCAGAACUCAUCUUUAAGGAAGUUAUAGAUAUUUUCGAGGGCGUGCGAGAUGACCAGGCGCUCCGCAUGGCAUCUAAUUUGGGUUUCAAAGGACCUCUGGAAAGACAGGCUGCAGAUCAGAUUAUGAGGCUCUAUGAUCUGUUCCUGAAAGUUGACGCCACUCAAGUUGAAGUCAAUCCUCUCGGAGAGACUCCCGAAGGACAAGUGGUGUGCUUUGAUGCCAAGAUCAGCUUUGACGAUAACGCAGAGUUCCGUCAAAAUGCCGUCUUUGCCAUGGGCGACAUGUCAGAGAGCGAUCCCACAGAGACAGAGGCAGCCAAAUGGGACCUCAAGUACAUUGGCUUGGAUGGAAACAUUGCCUGCUUUGUGAAUGGGGCUGGUUUGGCUAUGGCCACGUGUGACAUCAUCGACCUCCAUGGAGGGAAACCGGCCAACUUCCUAGACCUGGGAGGAGGAGUGAAGGAGAAACAGGUUUACGAGGCCUUCAAACUGCUCACUGCCGACCCCAAGGUGGAGGCCAUCCUGGUGAACAUCUUCGGGGGCAUCGUCAACUGUGGGGCAUCACCAAGUCAGCUGGACUGUGCAGGCAUCAUUGCCAACGGCAUCAGUCUUUACACUCCCGGCCCACAGCUUGCACCCCUACCUACCAUCAGUGAGCUGGCUCUAGCUCAAUCAGUUUGA